AUGCAUGCAGUUCCAGCGCCAUACAAUCUGGCUCCAGAGACAUGGAUUGCCAUCUUCGAGAACGCAGACCGUGGCACGGCGUGUGCUCUUGCCUCAGCAUCCAAUGCUCUACGUCAAGUUGGAUUCAACGUCUUGUUCGACCGAAUUGUCAUCAGACGCGAAGAGCAACGGUGUAUCCGUGCUCUUCGGUCGAUCCUGCCCGCAGCUCGUUCUAUUGAACUAUACGGCCUAGAUCAUUGUCUGAGAGCCAUCCUAUUCGUCUCCACUUUGCCCCGCUGCACGUUCCUUCUUUUCUCGGAUGAACAGGACUGGGACCAAGAUACACGGGUCUUUCUGGCCUUAAAAUCAUGGCUUCAUGCAGCUCCUUCCCUGCAGUAUCUCACAUUGGACUUCGACACCAGUGAAGAUCUCACCUCUGCCCUACUGCUGGUCCCACGCCUACGCAAACUCGCCAUCAUCGCUUAUCGUGCUCUCAAUGUCUACACGACGAUCACAACGCACGUGUGGCCUGAUCUGGAGGAGUUGCAUCUCCGAGAAGGAACUGGGCUUGCCAUGCUCGACGAUUUGCCGCCCGGCAAUCAUUUUCCGGCGUUGAAGACCUUGCGCCUGCUUGACCUAUUCCUCCUCCGUCCGGUACCUUCUCUAGAUCGCUUUCUCGCAGAAUCGUGUCAUACCCUGUCACGACUGCAUCUUGAUCUGAAUGCUGCAUUCAAAUUCGUUGGACGUCCUCCUUUUCCUGCUGAGUCAAUGACCACCAUGAUGCCUUUGCUCUGCAAUACCUCCUUGCCCUGCUUGACCGAGCUGCGGGUGGUCUUGGACUCUUGGAAGGGCGCAGACAGCCGCGCCGCACAGCUCCUCACUGUGGAGAGGCUAUUACAUGGCUUGGUCCGACAGACGAACGCGCCUAUACGAAAGCUCACGCUGGAGGUGAAAGUGCUUGUGAUGAUCAGGGAACGUAUCUCCCUCACCACAGGUCGUAAAGAUAACAGAUGGCAGGACGUCUGCGGUCUCAUUUCGACUCUUGAUCGUGACUUCUGGACACGCUUUGUCGAGGAAACACUCCCAGUCCAUUGUACCGUGGAGAUCCUGCUUCCCGUUCGCACAUUGCUCCGACCCUGGACAUACGUCACCGGACCUGCUCGGGACUGGCGGGCGUCGGUCCGCGACCACGUUUCAUCCCAACUACAGGAAUAUACGGUGUUAAAGCCCAUGGUAACUUUCUCUCCCGGUGAUUGCGUUAGCCGCCGCAAUCAAUGGCACACACAUCCCGAAGCACUGGACCUUUACCCUUCCCUGCAUGAAUGUACAAUGGAGGUCGCAGAAGAAACGGAGGACGACGAUCUUGAUGACUUCUAUGAAAUCAUCUGCAUAGAAGACUACCAGCCCAGCUUGCACUACCGAGAUGUUGCAAUCGGCUGA